AUGUCUGGCAUUGAGGUCGCCGGUCUUGUGCUUGCUGUGAUCCCGCUCUUCAUCUCGGCCAUUGAGCACUACGAGGACGGUCUUCGGCCUUUUCGAGUGUUGAAGCUAGUUGUCUAUCGUCAGGAGCUGGCGCAGUACCGGACAAAGCUUACAACCGAGUAUGGACUGUACAACAACGCCCUCGAGGAGCUUCUUGUCGAUGUCGUACCGCAACACGAGCUGCGCAACAUGAUCGAUCAGGGUUAUGGCUCACACUGGAAGAAUCCCGCACUCGAAGACAAGCUGAGGAAGCGGCUUGANAGUGUCUACUCGGUGUAUUUUGAUGUCAUGAAGCAAAUGCAGGACAUUAUGGCAAAGAUAGCGUCCCUCUUAGACAUCCAGAGGCAGGGAAACGUGCGUCAGGCGGGUCGCUCUCUGUGUCUCCAGCUAAUCGACCCCAUAGAUNNCACCGGCCCUCAGCUCGAACACCUUCUGCUUGCGCAUCCACCCAAGUACAGUCAACUCCAGGCUGCACCACGUUCCAGAGUCUACGAGUUUAAGAAGAAGCUGAAGUUUGGCUUCAGGAGUGGACAGAUACAACCUUUACUUGAAGAGCUGGGUCGAUACAAUAAUGCGCUCUAUCGUUUCACCGAUAGUAGCAGACGUCUGGAAGGCCUGCGAUCCACUGCGCCCAAGACCACGUUCACAACACCCAUUCAUCACGUUCGCGAAUGCGCCGAGAGACUGCACCGAUGCCUUGGUGGAGUGUGGGCAUGCUCGGCUCACUCAAACCACGUCAUUGAUUUGCAGCUCGAAUCUCGCAUCUACAAGUCUGGCAUGCCCGAGGAAGCUACCGGAGAGCGCGUUCUGUUUUCCAUUGCCUUCUUGGAUGGCAGGCUACUCGAUCGUUGGCAUUGUCUGGAAGUCUAUGUCCUUACAGGAGAUCCGAAGAUAUCACAAAAACCGUCAGGCAAAGUCAACUUUACCGCAUCGACUCCUGCACUCUCGUUUGACCCCUCAACACUGCCGUUGAUCCGUUGCCUUUGUACGUCUGUGGCAUUUCCACAAGGUCAACCUCACCGCGCUCUUUGUCUUGAUCACAACCAAAGGUUGCUUGGAGGCUAUCCAACACCUCAACACAAUAUUCCAGGACAGCAUGAUCGGAACGGUUCAACGACCAGCCUUGAAGAAGUUCUAACAGCCUCUUCCGCUUCUGUGCGAUCGAGACCGUUCAGUAGUAAGCAGGCAUAUCUUCUCGGCUUGACUGUCGCAUCUUCAUUCCUCCAACUGCGAGCUACCCCCUGGUUAUGUGGUUCAUGGCGCGCAAACAAUGUAUUGUUCAUCAACAAGACCACGACCAAAUCCAUCGACUUUGACAAACCAUACAUUCGACAGACCUACUCAAGCUGUCAUCAGCAACAAGCCUCGGCUCAAGCAACCGCGGGAGCUGACGAUGCAGACGACAACUGCUCAUUCCUCAAUCUCGGUAUCAUGCUGCUCGAGAUAUUCUUUCGAGAGCCCAUCGACUCGCGACGCAUGUCAGCUGAUUCGGGGCCAAACCAGAGCUUCUCAGAUCUACAGACUGUGCGACGAUGGAUCCAGCAAGACAAGGAAGAAAUGCCAAUAGGCUUCUACAAGGCCGUCUCGUUCUGCAUCGGCUGUUUCGCAAGUACCAACGUUGACCUUCAAGAUAAUGAAUUUAGGCAGACGGUCGUUGAUCAGGUCAUUGUGCCUUUGAAAGAAGAGCUUAAGAUGUGGAACGCUUGA